AUGGCACAUGCGACGUUUACGCCGGAAGGGCAGAAGACGGAGUCGUUUCGACUCUUGAGCGGCCACAAAAUCCCAGCCGUUGGAUUGGGCACGUGGCGAUCUGGCUCUGAAGCCACCGACGCCGUUUUCACUGCACUCGUCGAGGGUGGUUAUAGGCACAUAGAUACAGCUUGGGAGUAUGGUGAUCAGAUUGAGGUCGGUGCUGGGAUGAAAAGGGCGAUGCACGCUGGUAUUGAGAGGAGGGACCUCUUCGUGACGUCCAAGCUUUGGUGCACAGAGUUAUCUCCUGAGAGAGUGCGUCCUGCUUUCCAAAAUACCCUUCAAGAGCUUCAAUUAGAGUAUCUUGAUCUUUACCUGAUCCACUGGCCUUUCAGGCUAAGAGAAGGAGCCAGUAAGCCACCAAAGGCAGGGGACGUUCUUGACUUUGACAUGGAAGGAGUUUGGAGAGAAAUGGAGAAGCUUGCCAAGGCCAGUCUUGUCAGGAACAUUGGCGUUUGUAACUUCACCCUCACUAAGCUCAAUAAGCUGCUUGGAUUCGCCGAGUUGAUCCCUUCCGUCUGCCAGAUGGAAAUGCAUCCUGGUUGGAGAAACGAUCCAAUGCUCCAACUCUGCAAAAUGAAUGGUAUCCAUGUUACUGCCUAUUCGCCGCUGGGAUCUCAAGAAGGCGGGAGAGAUCUGAUACACGAUCAGACUGUUGAUCGGAUAGCGAAGAAGCUGAACAAGACCCCUGGACAGGUUCUUGUGAAAUGGGGUCUGCAGAGAGGAACAAGUGUCAUCCCCAAGUCACUGAAUCCGGACAGGAUCAAAGAGAACAUCAAAGUGUUCGACUGGGUGAUCCCUGAACAAGACUUUCAAGCUCUCAGCAGCAUCCCUGACCAGAAACGAGUGAUGGACGGCGAGGAUACCUUCGUCAACAAGACGGAAGGUCCAUUCCGUAGCGUGGCUGAUCUAUGGGACCAUGAAGACUAA